UCUUGUCACUACAAUGAAUGAAUGAAAUUGUAAAACAAACAGUGUGUACCACAAUACGUAGUGCUGCAGCGCAAAUCCACAAGAAUGGUUUCCUGGCGGACGCAGUUACGGUACCUUGCAAGCAAAGCUCAAUACGCCUCCUCUCUUGCCUUAAAGAACCGUAUAGGAGGUCAUGUCAAAGAAAAUGAGGUAGCAACUUUUAUUUUCAAACACUUCUGUCAUGGAAGGAUGACUUUCUUGCACCGGAAUAAAGGAGAGGAGAUGGCCCCUGCUAUUGCUGGAAAAGGAGCAAUUCUUCUUGUUCGGAGAUUACCGAUUCCAGACCUAAGACGACUGUAUAUAGGAGAUGUUGUGGUCUUGAAGAACCCCGAAAAGCCAGAUGACUACCUAGUCAGAAGAUUAGCGGCGACUGAAGGUUAUGAAAUGGCUUCUACUGAUGAAAAGGAUGAGUCGUUUGUUCUUGAGAAGGAUCAAUGUUGGGUAGUGGCUGAAAAUGAAAAAUUGAAAGCCAAGGAAGCAAUUGACAGUCGAACAUUUGGUCCAAUUCACAUUACCAACAUCGUAGGCAGAGUCCUAUACUGCCUGCGAAGUGCUGGGGACCACAACCGUGUACAGAACAGUUUUGUCAGCAUGCACUACGAUUCACCAGUGUUGGAAAUGGAACUUAAUGUUGAUGAGAUGGCAAAAAGUCACAAAGCCUGAACUUUAGUUCCGAGAAGCACCAAUUUCUUGAGUUUACCUGUUCCUCUAUUUCUUCUUAUGGAUUUUACUUGAAGUAAGGAUGAAGAAUAAAUGUAUGAUUUUUAAAUGUGAAGGAUAUGUUCUGCAAUAUUUUAGUUUUUCUGGUCAUGAAUGGAUUUCAUUGGGAAUUUCUUUGUAAUCUUGGUGACAUUUUUUUGGUUUAGAGGGGGAUUUGGAUAGGCAUAAUAGAUUCAAGUUAACUUAUUUAUCUUUUCUAUUUGUUUGGUUUUGGAUGAGGCGUUUGUAACAUAGCUUGAUUUUUGUCGGAUUAUGGGGUUAGGAUUUGAGAAUGUAUUGGUGAUAUGUGUAUUAGAGACUGCUCUGUUGUUGAUCUGUUACGUUCUCA